AUGUGGUAUCUGCAUAAAAGAGCACCCAGAAACAAAGAAUGGAUGGGUGAAGAAAAAGAAUUGCAAUCUUUAUUGGCAUCUGCUAGAAAUGCAAAUGAUCCUAAUUUGCUAGCGUUUACUCUCACUGACCUUGUAGAAGCUACCAAUAAUUUUUCAUUCGAAAAUAAGCUUGGAGAGGAUGGAUAUGGACCUGUUUACAAGGGCGUAUUACAUUAUGGACAAGAAAUAGCAGUAAAAAGACUUUCAAGGACUUCUACACAAGGAUUUGAAGAGUUCAAGAAUAAGGUCAUGCUUACUGCUAAACUGUAUGGUUAUGUACCUCCCAAAUAUGUAAAACGUGGCAUAUACUCCAUCAAAUCAGAUAUUUAUAGGUUCCAAGUUCUUCUUCUACAAAUCAUUAGCGGAAACCAGAAUAAUUGUUUACAUGACCUUCAUGAAGACUUAAACCUCCUAGACUAUGCAUAUGAUUUGUGGAAAUGUGGGAAAGGCAUGGGGUUCAUGGAUCCAUCGCUCGACGAUACAAAUUCAUCCUGUAAAUUAGUGAGAUGCAUGCAAAUAGCUUUGCUAUGUGUCCAAGAAAAUCCAGUGGAUAGACCCUCCAUGUUGGAACUCUCGUCGAUGCUGAACAUUGAAACUGCCGCCAUGAACACCCCCAAAAGGCCUGCUUUUUCUACGAGAAGAGAUGAAGAUAAAGUUUAA